AUGUUCGUACCUGCUCAUCUAGAUAGCACCGAAGCCUGCAUUGAAGACAUCAAGAGGCAUCGCCAGGUCCCGGAUGGCUGCAUCAUCGCCUCAUUCGAUGUAGUGGGCCUCUAUUCGAACAUUCCUAUAGAUGAGAGCAUUUCGGCCGCUAUUACCAAGCUAGAGCAGCAUAAAGAUGAUGUCGACAUGCUUGGAUUGACGGUUGCGGAUGUACAGCUGAUGUUGCAGUAUGUUCUGUCAAACAACUACUUCGAGUUCAAUAGUAAACAGUACCGUCAGAAGCGUGGAAUUGCGAUGGGGAACCAUCUGGCACCUCCGCUGGCCAUCCUCUUCAUGGAUGCGCUUGAACAGAAGGCCCUCUCGACAGCUACAGUGAAGCCAGAUCUCUACAAGCGAUAUAUCGACGACUGCAUACUACUGUGGAGACAUGGCUGGAAAGGUUUAACAGCACUUCUAGAUCACUUCAACGGACAGCACACUACUAUCAAAUUCACAAUGGAACACACGGUCAACGAAACUCAGUCAGUGAACUUCCUGGAUCUAGCGCUGUCUGUGCGUGGAAACAGCAUAGAGUGGGAGCUCUAUGUUAAGCCUUCCCACAGUGGUGUCCACCUGUCUUAUGAAUCAUGUCUCCCCUGGUCGUGUAAAAGAGCUGUUGCAACGAACCAAUUCUCUCGAGCUAUCCGUAACUCGUCAACACCGGAAGCGGAAGACAGGAGCAUGUCCAUAAUUGAAGAGUUGCUCGAGAGAAAUGACUAUCCACGCACCGAGAUAAACGCAGCACGACGAGCAGCCAAGGGGAAGAGACAAGAUACACACCCGUCUCAACAACAGCAGCGUGACAGCAAGCGCAGACACAACCAAUUCAAGUCAGUCAUCAAACUGCCCUUCAUCAACGACUCACUUGCCGCUCGUGUCUCACGACGUGUUCGAAAGUUCAGUCCGCAUGUUCGUGUUGUCUUUGUGUCUGGUCCUUCUUUGAAGGAUAUGUUGGUCCGAUCGUCGAGUGCUGCAAAGAUUCUCGGCAGGGAGGCUUCGCUACCAUCAAGGAAACUGCUUGAAGCUAUCGAGAUAAGGAAGCGCAAACCAGCAGUCAAUUGCGAUGACGGCUGGCGCCUAAUUGACUGA